AUGCCCACCUCUCGAUAUGCCAAGUUCAAUCCCUUUGGGGGCUCCCAGUUGACCGCCAGUCCGAUCUCCGAGGAGCCCUUGCAAUUUUCCAACAUUAUCCCCGAUUCUGCGUUCGAUAGUUUGCCAGGAAGCUCGCCCAGCGACAAUGGUGCGGAAAAAUCCUCGAAGAAGCAGCGGGCCAGAGUGAGCAGUCGGAAAAUUUCGAGCAAAUCGACCGGUCAUAUCCCCUACGGCACCCUUGACGGAAGUCGACCUCCCAGACGUCAAAGAACCGGCAGUUCACUGUAUAGGGUCGCCUCAUCUGUCCGUGACUUUGCUGUUUCACACUUCAAUGUCCCGGCGGUAGCAGCGCCGUGGGAGCAUACACUGCCCGAGAAAUAUGGCUCACACCUGCCCGCUUCCAGCACUGUCCGCUAUUUUGACUAUCGACGGCAGCGACGGAGACUGCUUAUCAACAGCAGUUUCCAAUGGCUCAUCACUGCUCUGAUAUGCGCCGCGCUGGCCGGCUGCUUGUACGGCUUUUCCACCAUAGUCCAAGGUCUGAGCAACACGCGGAAACAAGUCUUCAACGCCCUGGUGACCGGUUUGUCGUUGUGCUUGGGCCUCAAUCUUGCGUCCUCCCUGAGUGGCUACGCGCAGAUGAUGCGUUGGCGCUUCCUGGCCUCGGGCUACCGCACGCUCCAGGAUUUUGAACUGGUCAUGAACUUUGAUAGCCAGUCCAAGGUGUUCCGCCUGAUCUGGGCUGGACGGACGCGCGGGAGGCGACUACCGAACAAGACGCAGGUCCUCGCCGUGGCGUGGUUGGCUAUCAACAUCGCUGUUCAGAUUUUCACCGCCUUGCUCGGAUUGACCUAUUCGAUCGACGUGAGCUCCAACUUUGUUAGCCUGGCCUUUGGGAACGUCAGCAUCGCGGAUGUCUCUUACAUCGGCAACUCUCGAACCGAUGCUCUCUACGGCAACAAUGAAUCAGACGGCAGCUCUCUCCUCGCCGAAACCGCGGCCGCAAACGAAUGGGGUAUCAGCGGCCAAGACUUCAACGUCUUCAAGAUUCCAUUCGACAGAUACUUUGGCUACGAGCAGGCAAUCUACACCGACGGAAGCCUCUACUGGUAUCGGUUCGUCGACCGCUCGCCGCUCGCCCUGUCACUGGCAGUCAUUUCCGAGCGCACGGUCAACGCCACAGCGACGUGCCAGUCGUUCCCAAUCACGUACGGGGGCUACGCGGGCUUCCAGACGGACAACGCCUCGAUCGCCUUCGACGUGACUUGGGUCGAUGUCAACGGGGACGAGCAUACCUGGUGGAUCCCCAACGUGGCGACGGGCGCGACGACAUGGAUGUCGAAUUUGGCGAGCGACUGCGGCCCGCGGUGUCUUCAGAUCUACGCCCUUCAGACCGCGGACAAUAUCACGACCAGUGUGCCGAAACCGCGAUUCUGGAGCUGCUUCUCCAACGUCUCGCACGUGGACAAUGUCGAUUUGUACGUCAACCCCAACCGGUACCAGAUCCCGGACACGCAAGCGCAGCUCCUGGCCGGGGCGAUCGGGUGGUCCGGCACGUUACUGGAAGAGCAAGGGAACAACAGCAACAGCUCGUCAUCAGGUUCCUCCGAGUCCAGCAUACAGAUUGUGCCGUAUCCUGCAUCCAGCCAAUGGAGCCCGCCGGGCAACGUCACGGCGGACGAAAUGGCGCGGCUGGUCAUGAAAUUCACCGCGGGGGCCAUCGCGGCGCUCGACUCCAACGGGCCCCGAAUGAACGUGACGGGGUUUGGCCCUGCCCCGGCGCAGGUCCUCGACGUGACGUGGCGGUACGCGGGCUCGAUCCUGGGCGCGAUCCCCGUGGCUCAGGGCCUGGUGCUGCUCGCGGUGAUCCUGCUCGCGGACAAGGCCAUCAUCAAGGACACGAGCCACCUGGCCAUGGCCCGCUUGCUGCGGCCCAUCGUCGACAAGCUCGGCGACACCGGCUGUCUGCUCACCGGCGACGAGAUCGCCGAGCGCCUGGGCAACCUGCGCGUCAUCUACGGAGUCAGGGAUCCCGACGAUGGCGUCCACGGACUACUCGCGGGUGCGGCCGGUGUCGGCGCCGAUGACGGCAGCAUCAGGCACCUCGACAUCAUCGAGGAGACCGAGGGGCUGGGCUAUCGGAGGGGCCGCAUGCCCGAGGGGAGGUAUGAUGGCGUGCAUCUCGCCGAGGAAGAAGAGACGGAGCCGUUGCUGUUGGCGAGCACCUGCAGCGAGGCCGAGGCGGUGUCUUCUGCAGGGGAGGCCAUGACAGUCACGGUGUCUGGCAGAUGUGGUGAUGCCUCUGGACCGAGACGACAGUGCGCGAGGCGCAGGAUGAGCAUCUGA